AUGUGGAUGCUUUCAGAGCACAACCAAAGCUGGGUUGCUGAAUUUAUUCUGCUUGGCUUCUCCAGUGACUCCAUCUCCAACAGGAUCCUCUUCAUUGUCUUCCUUAUCUUGUACCUGAGCUCAAUCCUAGGCAAUGGGCUCAUCGUCAUUCUGAUCUGCCUGGACUCACAUCUCCACACUCCCAUGUACUUCUUCCUCUGUAUUCUCUCCCUGCUGGACAUGGGCUAUGUCACCACCACCAUGCCUCAGAUGCUGGUGCACCUUCUCACUCACUCUCAGGACAUCUCCUUUGCUGGCUGUUGGAUGCAAAUGUAUGUGUUUGGUGCCCUGGGCCUAUCUGAGGGCAUCAUUUUUGUGGUCAUGGCCUAUGACCGAUAUGUGGCCAUUUGCUAUCCACUGCGUUAUACUAUUAUGCUCAGUUGGGGCUUGUGCACACGGCUGGCAGCUGGGACUUGGGUCUGUGGUUUCUCCUUCUCUCUGAUUCACACCUUCCUCACCAUGAGGCUGCCCUACUGUGGGCCCAACAUCGUCAACCACUACUUCUGUGAAGGUCCCUCGGUACGGAGCUUGGCUUGCAUGGAUACCCACCUCAUAGAGAUGGUAGACCUAGUCAUGGGUGUAUUUAUGGUUGCUACGCCAGUCUCCUUAAUUUUGGCAUCUUAUAUUCGGAUUACCCUGGCCAUUCUCAAGAUCAAGUCCACCAGGGGCCGUUUUAAGGCCUUCUCUACUUGUGCUUCUCACCUGACUGUGGUCACAUUCUUUUAUGGUCCAGCCACUUACAUCUAUAUGAGGCCCAAUUCCAACUACUCCUCUGAAUGUGAUAAGCAGGUCUCACUCUUUUACAAUGUCUUCACUGCUCUGCUUAACCCCAUAGUCUACAGUCUAAGGAACAAGGACAUUAAGGGAGCUUUCCUCAAGGUGAUGAAGCGCGGUAGGGUGGCCUGA